GGUUACUUCAAGGCUCACCCUCGUUUCGGUGCCACCCCAAAAGUCAUUGUGGCAGGCCUCUUGGGUUAUUUUGUGGGGAAAGUAUCAUACCAGAGCAGAUGUGCUGAGAAAUUGAUGCAGCUUCCCAACAGUCGUAUUGGAGAAGCUCUAAGGCAAAGGAAGAGACAAGGAAAUCAAGAAAUACUAACAAUGGAUCCAAGUUUUGGUGCUGGAGUGUCAUUACCAACAUUUGGAAGUUUGGAUACAUUCUCAGAUGUAGGGCCACAACAUGACUUGGAUUCUGGAUACCCAGUGAGUGCAGGGUUAGAUGAUACAUACAGGCCAACUCUUGACUCACCAGCAUUUGAAGAAGAGAUGCCUCCGCCUGAGGCACAGCAGCGUUCUACAACAUACGAAGAACUACGUAGGAAGAACAGAGAAGAAUAUGAGCAAAAGAAAACAAAACCAUACAGAGGUAUAACGGGUACUGAUGAAGUGCCUACUGUAAUUCGUCAACAAACACCAUUGGAGGAACAGGCACCUAAAAGACCUACACCACCACCUUCAUGGAACAAACCAAAAAACAAAUAUGGAGAUGUGUGGGAAGAAUAACAUGUAGGUUGUUAAUUUUUUGAAGAAUGUUAUUACGUGUGUUACUGCUGAGCUAUUCUGCACAAAACCAUUUUACAUUAUUUGCUCCAUUGCGGUCUUCAUGUGCAGAUUUUUUAGAUUGUCUUUUAUGAGGUAUUCGGCAAUAAAUUGUUUGGCUAUUAUUUUAGCAGAAAAUAUUUUUGAGUGAUUGUUAUUAUGAUGAAUAUUUGCAAUUGACCAACAUAUAUGGUAAUUUUCCAAAAAGUUAUUUCAAAUACAUUGAUACAAUU